UCGAUCAGAUCUGAUAUUUUCCUCAGUCUCUAAACUGGUAAGAUUUCAUCGGAACUCUCCAAUUCCUGGAAAAGCCUGGAAAGUUCUCUCUUUUUAGUUUGAUAAAGUUGGAGAGAGCAAACGACGAUGGAUGCUCUAAGAAAGCAAGCCAGUAAGUUGAGGGAUCAAGUGGCGAAGCAGCAACAGCUUUUCAUGGGGUUUUCAGUCCUUUGAAGUAUUAGGGUUUCUCCACUUGAUGUUCUUGAGAGCUGAAUUAAUGGCUGUGAUAAAGCAAUUUGGUGGGACUGGUUACGAGAGUUCAGAUGUAAUGGUCAUUGAUGAGGUCGAAAUGCAAAGGCAUCAUCAGCUGGAAAAACUCUACAGGUCUACUCGUUCUGCAAAGGAUUUCCAGAGGGAGGUAAUUAAAGCAGCAGAGACAUUUACAGCCAUAGGACUUAAACACAUCGAAGCAGGAACCAAGUUAUCUGAGGAUUGCUGCAAGUAUGGGACCGAUAACAGUCAGAACAUCAACGAGAAUAUUCUGGCCAAGGCUGCAGCCAUAUACGGUGAUGCUCGGAAGCAUGUAGAGAAAGAACAAGAGGACUUCAACAAGCUAUUAUCGUCACAGGUGAUGGAUCCCCUGAGAGCUAUGGUUAUUGGCACUCCUCUCGAAGAUGCCCGUCAUCUAGCCCAACGGUACAGCCGAAUGAGACAGGAGGCAGAGGCACAUGCAGCCGAGGUCGCCAAAAGACAAGCACGUGUGCGAGAAGCUCCAAUCCCAGAAAAUGUAGCAAAGCUCCAAUUAGCAGAAGCAAAGAUGCAAGAAUUAAAAGCAAAUAUGGCAGUUCUUGGUAAAGAAGCUACUGCUGCAUUGGCUGCUGUUGAAGCUCAGCAACACAGACUGACUUUCCAAAGGCUUGUGGCUAUGGUCGAAGGAGAAAAAAAUUAUCACUUGAGAAUUGCCGCCAUACUCAGUGACGUUGAAGCUGAGAUGGUUACCGAGAAACAGAACAAAGAAUCUGCUCCUCCAGCAAUCCCGACAGAGAGCAGCUCAGAGAAAACGGCGUAUUUCAUAGCUGAAGCGUUGCAUCCGUUUACUGCUGCUUCGGAGAAAGAGUUGAGCUUGGAAAAGGGAGAGUACAUUGUGGUCCGAAAGGUGAGCACGACCGGUUGGGCAGAAGGAGAAUGCAAGGGCAGAGCCGGUUGGUUUCCUUUGGCUUAUAUAGAGAAGCGCCAGAGGCUUCCCACCAGCAAUUUGACUAGUGAAGUCUAUUGAUCACUCUUUUUCACUUUCCCAGAAAGCAAUCGUCAAAAAAAAAAAACUUCGUGUUCAUACUACCAUUCUUCUUGUGCAUCACACAUUCAUAACCUUUUUCUUGGAGUUUAUUGAAGAUUUUUCCUUA